AUUAGGAUGUUGCUGCUCAGCUGUGAGGAGGCACACAGUCCAGACCCUUCGAGUGUUUUAAUAUUAAAGUUCUGGACGACCUUUCCGAACAGCAAUGAGAUGACAGACAGCGACUGUCCAGAAUAAAUGCACUGCACCUCCAGAAGAUGUGUUGGUCAGUGUGCAGAACAUAAAAAAGGAAGUAAAAGUCGUUGAAAUGAGGAAGCAUCAGAGCUCCACCACUUUGCUGUGUGUCAGUACAUGGACUGAAGUUAAAGUUGCUCCUGCAGGAAAACUCAGCCGGUAUCGCCCACUGCUGGCAGCUGAUAUGCUGAAGGACUGAAAAAGACCGAACUCGAGGAGUAUCAAAGUCUGGAACUAGUUUACCACAUUACAUACGGUUAAUUGCAUCCUGGUGGCUGAAUAUUGCGGAGGGACUUCCUUAAGGGAGACUCCACCUGGAAGCCAACAUGGCUGACAAUGUGAAUUCAUUGCCCUUCUUCUAUGGCAAUAUCACCAGGGAGGAAGCAGAGGAAUACCUGCGGCAGACAGGCAUGGGCAACGGCUUAUACCUCUUAAGGCAAAGCCGUAACUACCUCGGAGGCUUUGCACUGUCUGUGUCACAUUCAGGUCGCUGCUACCACUACACCAUUGAAAGACAACCCAAUGAAAUGUAUGCAAUCGCUGGUGGUAAGAGUCACCGGAAUCCUGUGGAUGUAAUUGACUACCAUUCCCAGGAGAUGGAUGGUCUUGUGUGUUUACUGAGGAAGCCCUGCAACAGGCCCAAAAACAUGCAGCCCAAGGUGGGCCCAUUUGAGGACCUGAAAGAAAAGCUGAUCCGGGAGUACGUGAAGCAGACCUGGAACCUGCAGGGGGCAGCUCUGGAGCAGGCCAUCAUCAGCCAGAGGCCUCAACUGGAGAAACGCAUUGCCACCACUGCCCAUGAAAAAAUGCCCUGGUUCCAUGGAGCAAUAACGCGAGAAGCGUCCGAGCCAAGGCUUCAGAAUGGCUCCCGUACAAAUGGAAAGUUCUUGAUUCGACAGAGGGACCAGGAUGGAUCCUAUGCCCUGUGUUUACUACACGAAGGACAAGUCAUGCAUUAUCGCAUUGACAGGGACAGGACUGGCAAGCUCUCCAUCCCAGACGGAAAGAAGUUUGACACCCUGUGGCAGCUCGUGGAGCAUUACUCGUACAAGCCUGAUGGCCUGCUGCGAGUGCUGACAGAUCCCUGUCCAAGACCUCCUGGGGAAAUUAACACGAGACCCUUGCCAAAUCCACAGGCCAGUUCUGGAUUAUUGCCUUCUUUUCACACUGCAGCGGAAGGAAUUGUCUCCAUGAUCAAAAAUAUUCCCAUACCUGGCCGAACAAAGUCGACCCGAGAUGCUCACGGCAAAAAGACAGGGCAGGGUAAUUUCAAUCCUUAUGAGAUUACUAAAGAGGCCAUGCCAAUGGACACAGAAGUAUAUGAGAGUCCAUAUGCAGAUCCAGAUGAACUGAGGAGUUCUACAGUGGACCGGAGCCAGCUUUUCCUAGAGGAUGGAGAACUGGGCUCUGGGAACUUUGGCACCGUCAUGAAGGGCAUCUACAAGAUGAGAAAGACAGAGAAGACAGUCGCUGUCAAAAUCCUGAAGAACGAUGAUAACCAAUCAGUACGAGAUGAAAUGCUGCGAGAAGCCGACGUCAUGCAGCAGCUGGACAACCCUUAUAUCGUCCGUAUGAUUGGCAUCUGCGAGGCCGAGAGCUUGAUGCUGGUCAUGGAGUUGGCUGAGCUUGGACCACUCCACAAGUUCCUGCAGAAAAACAAACAAACUUCCAUAAAGAACAUCACAGAGCUGGUCCACCAGGUGUCUAUGGGGAUGAAGUACCUGGAAGAGCAUAACUUCGUCCACAGGGACCUCGCUGCCAGGAACGUUCUGCUGGUCACACAGCACUACGCCAAGAUCAGUGACUUUGGCCUCUCCAAAGCUGUCGCUGAGGAGCAAAACUACUACAAGGCCAAGGGUCAUGGGAAGUGGCCGGUUAAGUGGUACGCUCCUGAGUGUAUAAACUACUUCAAAUUCUCAUCCAAAAGUGAUGUUUGGAGCUUUGGAGUGCUCAUGUGGGAGGCGUUCUCCUAUGGCCAAAAACCAUACAAGGGCAUGAAAGGAAAUGAUGUCAUGCAGAUGAUUGAGAGUGGACAGCGGAUGGAAGCACCAGCAAAUUGCCCAUCAGAAAUGUACGACCUCAUGAGAACCUGCUGGACGUACAAGGUGGAUGAAAGGCCUCCGUUUUCUGUUGUUGAGCCAAGACUACGAGACUAUUACUACGACAUUGCACAGUGAUUGUUCACAUGGACGCUAUGAGGCUAUGCAAACUGUUGGCUUUUGAGAGAUACUGCAUUUAAAUAUAUAUCAAUGACUCGAGUAGGACGACUUAUAAAAAGCUGUAAAAUAUAGAUAUCAGCAUGGGGUUUCUCUUUCACCUUUGAAAUAUUGACUUUAAUUAUGCAAAAUUACAUUUAUUUUAUUACUUUUAUUUUUCCUCUCUGAAUGUGAACAAUAUGAAAGUUGUAAUAAACAGAUACAAGUCCGGCUUA